GAAACUCAUAAACAGGUUUUCAAAUUUUACAUUUUCUUGCCAUUUCUGGAUGGCUGCGAAAUUUUCGGAAAAUAUCGUGUUUUUUGCAUCGUCAUUCAGGGUUGCUGUUUUGAAAAUUUCGCCUAUUGCUUGUUAAAUUUUUGUGGAUGUCAAUUUCCAUUUGAUGAUAUCGAAGGCAGCUUAAAGAUUGAUCUUCGGGUAUUUUGUUGUGUUGUGUCCUAUCUUCCGUGAAGAUGCUCUAUGUAUUUUGGGUGGAACGGGGCAUCAUCAUCACGCUCAACGUGGAUGUGGCUGUUGACACUGUGGGGAAUCUGAAGAGCGUGUUGUCGAACCCGCAGAGAACGGGAAUACCAGCCGAUAGUCAGGUGCUGCUGAUUAGCGGAGGAGAUUGUCUGCAAGAUGAUAAACGGGUCGCCCAUUAUCAAGGAACGGGAACGGAUACGAAUCCCAUAUUUCUUUUUAAUCGGGCCGCCAUCGAAGCUGAUCAAGUGCCUGAAUUCUCGGCGGAACACCUUCCUCAUGUGCCUGACGAACGAGAAGCCCGGGAAAAUAUGGAGAACGUCCUUGCCUUGCCUACCAAUCUCAACUCUAUUUCCAUUAGAACGCAGCUGGCGCAGCAAUACCACGAGUAUGCUCGGGAGUUGAACAAACAAUGCACCACCCUUGUGCAGGAGCAGCAUCUACAGCAUCAAGGAUGGCAGGCUGUGAUGGCCAACCUGGAAGAUGUUAUAGCGGCAUUUUUGAAACGACUGGAACGCUUCCGGAGCGCUUAUGUGGGAUAUCUGGAAAAACGGGACGAACAUGUCGUCAAGCUCGACAAGUUAACCGAGACUAUGGAAGUUCUCGGGAAAAUUACCCUCUUUCCGUCACUUUUACGGCUGACUCACCAAGACAAUGAGAAGGUCUCUGGUGAGAAAGAUUCUAGUGGCGAUACCGAGACCGUCGAUGGACUGAGCAUAGCGAAAAGCACUGUAGAACCGUGGAAAAGUGACGAAAUCACUGUGCUUGAUUGGAUCAGCGCAAAGGACCCUGAGCAUAGUCUGCAUGCCGUCGCCGAAGGAUGUCGGAAAAUUAUUGAAGCGUUUGACGAAGCUUUAUUGGAAGAAGUGGACCAGGAAUCAAAGGACGUAGUGGAACCGUGUAAUAAUACCACAAUGAAGGAAAUUAAAGGAUUAGAUCAACGGCUGUACGGCCUGGAUCAACUGCUUUCCGAGGCGAAGAAAUUGGUUUUGGAACAGAAGGAAACUGCGGAGAUACUUUUCAAAUUUCAAAGUCGAAUGACUGGUUCCGGUGCAAAAGAUAACCAGAUGUUAAAGGAAAUGUCGGAUGCCUCCACCGAACCUUUUGCUCAACUACUGCGAGGCCAUGUAAAAUUGUGUGAGCUGCGAAGACGAUGCUUAAGCGCUAAGCAAGAGCUCUGCAAACAUCUUCAUUCUCGCCUUAAGUGGGUUGUGGUUGUGGAAAAUCGCGUGUCGGAAGUGGAUGAUAAAAUUCGGAUUUACUUUGAAAAUAUUCGACGGAUAAGGCGGCUUCUUCUUAUGGUGGAUCAGGUCAAUUCUUCGCCGCAGGUUUUCAUUCUGGCCGUUAUGGAGGUGUUAAGGCGGAAGCGGUACGCACGUGAAUUCAUCCAGUGGGCCCGCGGUGUAUCCGAGAAAGCAGUUGCCGUACACACAAAAGAAACCGACGCUCGAAAAGGCUUUCUGGCACAACAUGGAAAGCAUUUUCUUUUGAGCCUCUUUCCUGGUUUGGACAUUCUCCCUCCACAGUUUGCGCCGAGUCCCCCAGUGGAUUUCGACACGGCCCUUCCGUCUCUUACUCCCGAUGACUUGGAAAACCUGCGCCUUAGGUUACCGGAAUUCGAGGAAUACUUACGUAGCUCCCAGGACGAUCUACCUUUCCGGUCGAAAAGUACGGAAUCGGAAGAAUCUUCCGUGUUCUAUUCAACUUUAUCUCCGGAAAGCGAAGGUCCUGCCAAAGAUGGUACACUAGAGACAACUGCUGCUGCUUUCUCGUCCAGUAUUCUGGAUCGAAGAGAAGCGGAACUGGAAGAGAUGCGGAACCAAGUUGACCACCUUAAGGGCAUGAGCAACACCGCUCAGCUCUCCUUGUUCGCUUUAAAAAGAAUCUUUGAUGUGUUACGAAAUGAUUUGACAACAUUCAAAGAGGAUUGCUCUUCUGGACUGAACGAGACGCUCAGUGACAUGGCGGAGAGAUGGGCGAAUAUGGAAACGGUGAAUACGGCGACAAAGGAGACGUUGGAAAAGCUACAACAACAGAACAUUGACUUGACCGUUCAAGCAGAAUCCUACCGCCUACAAGGGGAAACAGCACAAAAAUUAUUAUUGGAAAUGCAGGAGGCAUUAAAAGAGAGUGAACGGAAGUUUACGGAACUUCGCGAUGAAAAGGAUGAACUGCAACGAAAUCUUGACGAUGCUGAAAGCAAUGUGAAUCUUCGUAUAAAAGAGAAGGAAUCCAGCAUCGUGGAAUUACAGAACCGGCUAAAUGAGAAAGAAGCGGAAAUGGAGACGCUGCGUGCGUUGCUGGAAUCGAAAGAGGCCGCUGAGCUCGCCUCCUCGCCGCCUGUGAUGAGUCCAUUGCCGAGUUUUAUCGGGAUGGGUGAGAUGCCGCGACAGGAUUCGCUCACUGGUGCCGCUAUGAUGGAUUCCAUGUCUAUGUCGGUUGCGCCGGUGACACCCGGGGCUUGUCGCUGUGUUGGACCGUGCACGUGUCCCAGUGGCAGCCAACCGCUCACCCGGCAGAAGUUUGUGCUGGGAGGCGGGGCUAUGGGUUUGCAGUCGCCACAAAGUGUGAUUAGUUUAUCGUCAUGCAACGUUGGCGAUUUGGUGCUGUUCGUGUUUAACUGGGAUUUCCGCCAGUUUGCGGCUUACUUGCCUUUCAAGCGGUCUCUGUAUCUUUUGCACACCGACUCACAGAGUGAACUGGGACUAUCGAUUCCACAGCCGGAAUCACAAGGUGGCGGUAACCCAACAGGAACAUCUGGAGAAAUGCGCACCUGGAGCGUCGGUGAAGUUCUUGGGAAAGAAUAUGUUCUCACGAAAAAGGUGCCCAAUCGUUACGGACUGAAAAUCGGUACCAAAUUCUACCGUGUCAGAGCGAAGGCCUGGUCGGUGACCGGCAUGCUAGCCGAGCCUAACAGCGAACCGGGACUCGGCACGCGAGUGACCUCCGCCGGCUCCUUGCCACAGCCGCCGGUGGGCGGUAGUUCAUCAGCUUCUCUGCAGUCUGCCGGACAGAUUGAUGCCCAGCCACACUAACUGGACAUGCUGUGCUGCGAAUCUUUUGUGGUGUUAACUGGUUUCUGUGAUGCAUAAACGUAGCCGCCCGGGGGAGGAUGAGGAAUUGUGCUUGUGUUUGGCGUUUCGGUUGUCGGGGUUUGCCAUGUCCGUUUGUCAGAAAUGUUGCUUUCGACAUGAUGGACGCUGAUUUUAGUUGUAAUAGUAUGGGAGUUCGAGUGUUUGAAUCGAAGCAAAAAAUGUCGAGUUAAAUGCGCUCUUGGA